GAUGACUCUCCAACCGACAUUACCCCGACAUACAAGUAAGACCUUAUCUACCCUUUUAAAGCGCUCCACAAAAACAAAAGUUGCUCGGACAGCGGGGGUUCCUCAGAUUUUGAUAUCAGCGAAACUAUGCUGGAAGCCAAAGCGCGCAUCGAUGCCAUCGCUGGCCAUCUUGCUGGCAGUGAUGACCUGGUUUCACGCGGUGCCAAAGUAGCCCCGGUCAACAAGGCGGAAGCUACGCAGUUUACCCUCACAGAUAGGAAAUCGGGACAGACAUUUGAAAUUGCAGCUGGGCCAGACACCAACCAACCAACCUCCUUCGUGCUCUUGUCUAGACGGUCCAACGCCAACACUUUGACAGUUCUGGAUAAUCGUACCGGUAAAACUUACGAGGUGCCUAUCGAGGAAGGUACUAUUAAAGCGACCGACUUCCAAAAGAUCAAAGAAGGUGCUGGCCCCGGCAUCAGGAUCUACGACCCAGCUUAUCAGAACACCGCCGUGGCACGUUCUAAGAUUUGCGAAAUUGAUGGGGACAAGGGGAUCCUCCGUUAUAGAGGCUAUCCUAUUGAAGAACUUGCGGAAAAGUCAAACUUCUUGGAGGUCUCAUAUCUUCUCAUCUACGGCGAACUGCCCAGCAAGACCCAGUAUGAUGCAUGGACGAACCAAGUUAUGCGGCAUACAUUUAUCCACACACGGGUUCAAACCCUCAUGCAGAGUUUCAAUUACGAUGCACAUCCGAUGGGAAUGUUUAUCAGCUCGGUUGCUGCAAUGUCGACUUUCCAUCCAGAAGCAAACCCCGCUCUAGCUGGAAACGAAAUUUACAAGAAGGAUUCUCGCGUUCGCAAUAAACAAAUCUUACGUCUUAUGGGCAAGGUUCCCACGGUUGCUGCCAGCUGUUAUCGUCACCGUAUUGGUCGUCAUUUCAACAACCCUCGCAAUGACUUGUCCUAUACGGAAAACUUUUUGUACAUGAUGGAUUAUCUGAGCGAAGAAAACUACAAGCCUAAUCCUAAGCUUGCGAAAGCGCUGGACGUUUUGUUUAUCUUACAUGCAGAUCACGAAUUGAAUUGUUCUACUGCAGCCAUGCGUCACAUUGGCUCUAGUCUUGUUGACCCAUACAGUGCGGUUGCCGGAGCCGCUUCUGCUCUGUACGGCCCUCUCCACGGAGGUGCCAACGAGGCUGUACUUCGCAUGCUGGAAGAGAUCGGGUCCGUUGACAAUGUUGCCCCAUUCUUGGAGCAGGUUAAGCAGCGCAAGCGCAAGUUGAUGGGCUUUGGUCACCGCGUGUACAAGAACUAUGAUCCACGUGCGAAGAUUAUUCGCAGGAUUGCGUACGAGGUGUUUGACGUCUGCGGUAAAGAACCCUUGAUUGAAGUUGCCAUCGAGCUGGAAAAGAGAGCACUCUCGGAUGAAUUCUUUACGUCAAAGAAGCUUUAUCCCAACGUAGACUUUUACUCAGGAUUGAUCUACAAAGCAAUGGGUUUCCCAACAGACUUCUUCCCAGUCUUGUUUGCCAUUCCUCGGGUGGCUGGAUGGCUCGCUCAUUGGGUGGAAUCUCUUGAGGAUCCGGAUGCCAAAAUCUGGAGGCCGAGGCAAGUGUACACUGGUGAAGGGAAGCGAUCGUAUGUGCCACUAGGCGUACGCGACGUCAAAAGCGGCGAUAUUGUGACGGAUUACGAGAGCCAUCCGUUUAGCAAACGGUCUCAAGUUGCUAGCUUUGAGCGCAAGUCCUGAUUCAUUUUAGCUAGCCUUCUUAGGGAAAGCGUCAUAUAUUUUGCAUCAUUUAGUUGUAGUGUAUUGGUGGAUCUGUCAGGACAGAUUGAGAUAUAUGCAUAAUCGAAAACUCAUCAGUAUCGAAUAAGGUUUGAAUGUAGCCCUGUGUCAACCAUGCUAUUACUGUCAAUAAUUAAUUCUGAAAUUCGAUGCAACAAA